GUGCCCCUUGUACCUCAAAAACAUUCCAACAUCUCCUCUCUUCACUCUCUCACACCUCUCCUCCUCACAAGUGAAUAAAGAAAAUGCCAGGAAUCGCUUUCGGCCGAUUCGAUGACUCAUUCAGUGUCGCCUCGAUCAAGGCAUACGUCGCCGAGUUCAUCUCCACCUUGCUCUUCGUCUUUGCUGGCGUUGGCUCGGCCAUCGCUUACAACAAGGUGACGGCAGACGCGGCCCUAGACCCGGCUGGGCUGGUGGCCGUGGCGGUCGCCCACGGAUUCGCUCUCUUUGUAGCCGUUUCGAUUGGAGCCAACAUCUCCGGCGGCCACGUCAACCCCGCCGUCACCUUCGGGUUGGCCGUCGGCGGCCAGAUCACCAUCCUCACCGGAAUAUUCUACUGGAUUGCUCAGCUCUUGGGCGCCAUUGUCGCUUCUUUCUUGCUCUCCGUCGUCACCGGCGGUUUGGCGAUCCCGACUCACGGGUUGGCUGCUGGAGUUGGAGCAGUCCAGGGAGUCGUGAUGGAGAUAAUCAUCACAUUCGCGUUGGUGUACACUGUGUUCGCCACCGCAGUUGAUCCCAAGAAGGGAUCACUGGGCACGAUUGCGCCAAUUGCAAUUGGUUUCAUUGUGGGAGCCAACAUUUUGGCUGCUGGGCCUUUCUCUGGUGGAUCCAUGAACCCGGCCCGGUCCUUCGGCCCAGCUGUGGCCAGCGGUGACUACGAUGGGAUCUGGGUGUACUGGGUUGGGCCACUCAUCGGCGGUGGCCUGGCCGGGGCGAUCUACAGCAACGUGUUCAUGCACCACGAGCAUGCACCACUUUCGACUGAUUUCUAAGUGUGUAAAAUUUGUUGGAUGAUUAAUGAUUUCCGGUUUGUUUGAGGACUAAAAUGCAAAAUCCCUUUGUUAUAAAGGGAAGUGGGAAUCAUUUUCCUUUUCCUCUUUUAAAUUGUUGAAUUGGUUUGAAUGUUGAAGAUCCGUUUUUAUUGAUGAAAUUGAAAUGCUGAAUUGGUUUGUGGAAUGA